GUAGUCAGAUAUAAAAGGGGAAUAAUGUGUGUAUAUAUGAAUUCAUGUGAGCUUUAAUCAGGUCUGAACUCCUUGAUCUCCUUGAUGAAAUUUUUAAAACGAGGCAUGUCUCGUAAAUCACAAAUGUUGAAAAUGAAUGAUGGUGAGGCAUCCUGUGAAAAAAAGAAAAUGGAUCCAGGGAAAAGAGACGCAAUAGUAGCAUAGCUUGAUUUGUUUUUUGAAGACAAGACUGUAACUUCUAUCACUGAUGUUAGUUCAGGAAGGGAAUUCUUAGACUUUAUUGCAAGACAAUACUAUUGGCCCUCAUAGGAGCCUUCUUCCAACAUUCGUCUGGAGAUGUUGGAGAAUUUGGAAAGGUUGCCCUGAACCUACCUGAUGACAAGCAGCAAGAAAUUCUUCAAAUGCUGAAGCAUAUUAUCAGAGAAGAUGUCCAGCUAAACGAAGAAUUUUUUGCUGUUCUGUCAAAACAUUUAGUGACUCCCACCCCUGGUCCAGAGGCAUGGGCACCACUGUUGGAGCAAUCCUUCAACUUUGCGAGUAGAUGCAUCAAUGGCUCUAUGAGAGAUAGCCCAACUCCUGCCAACCACCAGAAUAAUAGUGUCGUGAACCUCUCUGUGCUGGGAAUCAACUCUGCACUGCGAAAGAUGUCUCUCAACUCCUCCCCUGCCCCCGCAUCUCUUGCAAACCUGAUGCACUCUCCUCAACUCAUGCAGAAGGCUCAGCUUCGACAAAGGGAAAGGGAAAUUAAGAGACUAGAAUUAGACCUUAAAAAUGAACAGUAUAUGAGAUGUGACCUGGAAUUGGAUCUAAAAGAGAAAUGCUCAACACUUGAACAAAAAGAAUUAAAAAUCAGGGAGUUAAAAGAAUCCAUCAAAGAACAAAGAAAGCUACGAGAUGCUGUUGAUGAGUUGGAUGAUCAUGUUCAGAAACUAAAUGAAAAACUGAACCAGUUUUUACAGAGUUCCAAGGCCAAAAUGACAGAGUUUCAAGAAAUGAAGCAACAGAAAGAGUAUUUUGAAAAGCAAUAUGAGGAAACCUUGUCCCAGUACAACCAAAUGGAAGAAGCCAUGUGCAGCCUGAUAUCCUUUAAAGAAAGGUACCACGAGUAUCGCAGUAAAUGCCACACACAGGAAGAAGAAAUGUUGGCUUUGCAAUCCCGACUCCAACAUAGAGCGGAAGAAAUUGAGGCCCUCAAAGGGGAAUUGUCCUCAAUGAAUGAGGCCCGACAGUGUGUGUUGCAGCAGUUCAACGAUAUGAAGAGGGAGAAAGGAGAAUUAGAGGACAUGUUUGCUGCUAAUAACAUGGGUGGUUGUGUAGGAGAAAGCAUGGGAGUGGUGACAGACAUCAGGAUCCGAGACCUAGAGGCCGAAUUGACUCAUCUGAAGUCUGCUUGGAUUGACCCCAUCACUCACGACCAGGUCAAGAAGGAGCUGCUACGAAUGACAAAGGCUAUGGAGGUUUGUCAAACAAAGUUUUCUGAGGUUCACACGCCCCAAGCCAAAAAGCCCAGGGAAGAACAGGACGCCCUGACAUCGCUCAGAUCGUCAGAGGAGGGGCUGAGCUCCCAGGGUCAGGAGAUGGAGGAGACAGUAACCAGAUUGAAGAAAGAACUGUCCCACAGCCAGGCAGAGUACAGUCUGCUCAGACAGGUAAUUCACUCCUUUCUUAUUAACCGGGUUUUCCAACGGAAAAAUCCUGUCAUUGAAAUUGUGAAAAUGGCGGGCGGGCGGUUGCCAAAAAGGUCUGCUUGGAUUGACCCCAUCACUCACGACCAGGUCAAGAAGGAGCUGCUACGAAUGACAAAGGCUAUGGAGACAAAGUUUUCUGAGGUUCACACGCCCCAAGCCAAAAAGCCCAGGGAAGAACAGGACGCCCUGACAUCGCUUAGAUCGUCAGAGGAGGGGCUGAGCUCCCAGGGUCAGGAGAUGGAGGAGACAGUAACCAGAUUGAAGAAAGAACUGUCCCACAGCCAGGCAGAGUACAGUCUGCUCAGACAGUCUGCUUGGAUUGACCCCAUCACUCACGACCAGGUCAAGAAGGAGCUGCUACGAAUGACAAAGGCUAUGGAGACAAAGUUUUCUGAGGUUCACACGCCCCAAGCCAAAAAGCCCAGGGAAGAACAGGACGCCCUGACAUCGCUCAGAUCGUCAGAGGAGGGGCUGAGCUCCCAGGGUCAGGAGAUGGAGGAGACAGUAACCAGAUUGAAGAAAGAACUGUCCCACAGCCAGGCAGAGUACAGUCUGCUCAGACAGUCUGCUUGGAUUGACCCCAUCACUCACGACCAGGUCAAGAAGGAGCUGCUACGAAUGACAAAGGCUAUGGAGACAAAGUUUUCUGAGGUUCACACGCCCCAAGCCAAAAAGCCCAGGGAAGAACAGGACGCCCUGACAUCGCUCAGAUCGUCAGAGGAGGGGCUGAGCUCCCAGGGUCAGGAGAUGGAGGAGACAGUAACCAGAUUGAAGAAAGAACUGUCCCACAGCCAGGCAGAGUACAGUCUGCUCAGACAGUCUGCUUGGAUUGACCCCAUCACUCACGACCAGGUCAAGAAGGAGCUGCUACGAAUGACAAAGGCUAUGGAGACAAAGUUUUCUGAGGUUCACACGCCCCAAGCCAAAAAGCCCAGGGAAGAACAGGACGCCCUGACAUCGCUCAGAUCGUCAGAGGAGGGGCUGAGCUCCCAGGGUCAGGAGAUGGAGGAGACAGUAACCAGAUUGAAGAAAGAACUGUCCCACAGCCAGGCAGAGUACAGUCUGCUCAGACAGUCUGCUUGGAUUGACCCCAUCACUCACGACCAGGUCAAGAAGGAGCUGCUACGAAUGACAAAGGCUAUGGAGACAAAGUUUUCUGAGGUUCACACGCCCCAAGCCAAAAAGCCCAGGGAAGAACAGGACGCCCUGACAUCGCUCAGAUCGUCAGAGGAGGGGCUGAGCUCCCAGGGUCAGGAGAUGGAGGAGACAGUAACCAGAUUGAAGAAAGAACUGUCCCACAGCCAGGCAGAGUACAGUCUGCUCAGACAGUCUGCUUGGAUUGACCCCAUCACUCACGACCAGGUCAAGAAGGAGCUGCUACGAAUGACAAAGGCUAUGGAGACAAAGUUUUCUGAGGUUCACACGCCCCAAGCCAAAAAGCCCAGGGAAGAACAGGACGCCCUGACAUCGCUCAGAUCGUCAGAGGAGGGGCUGAGCUCCCAGGGUCAGGAGAUGGAGGAGACAGUAACCAGAUUGAAGAAAGAACUGUCCCACAGCCAGGCAGAGUACAGUCUGCUCAGACAGUCUGCUUGGAUUGACCCCAUCACUCACGACCAGGUCAAGAAGGAGCUGCUACGAAUGACAAAGGCUAUGGAGACAAAGUUUUCUGAGGUUCACACGCCCCAAGCCAAAAAGCCCAGGGAAGAACAGGACGCCCUGACAUCGCUCAGAUCGUCAGAGGAGGGGCUGAGCUCCCAGGGUCAGGAGAUGGAGGAGACAGUAACCAGAUUGAAGAAAGAACUGUCCCACAGCCAGGCAGAGUACAGUCUGCUCAGACAGUCUGCUUGGAUUGACCCCAUCACUCACGACCAGGUCAAGAAGGAGCUGCUACGAAUGACAAAGGCUAUGGAGACAAAGUUUUCUGAGGUUCACACGCCCCAAGCCAAAAAGCCCAGGGAAGAACAGGACGCCCUGACAUCGCUCAGAUCGUCAGAGGAGGGGCUGAGCUCCCAGGGUCAGGAGAUGGAGGAGACAGUAACCAGAUUGAAGAAAGAACUGUCCCACAGCCAGGCAGAGUACAGUCUGCUCAGACAGUCUGCUUGGAUUGACCCCAUCACUCACGACCAGGUCAAGAAGGAGCUGCUACGAAUGACAAAGGCUAUGGAGACAAAGUUUUCUGAGGUUCACACGCCCCAAGCCAAAAAGCCCAGGGAAGAACAGGACGCCCUGACAUCGCUCAGAUCGUCAGAGGAGGGGCUGAGCUCCCAGGGUCAGGAGAUGGAGGAGACAGUAACCAGAUUGAAGAAAGAACUGUCCCACAGCCAGGCAGAGUACAGUCUGCUCAGACAGUCUGCUUGGAUUGACCCCAUCACUCACGACCAGGUCAAGAAGGAGCUGCUACGAAUGACAAAGGCUAUGGAGACAAAGUUUUCUGAGGUUCACACGCCCCAAGCCAAAAAGCCCAGGGAAGAACAGGACGCCCUGACAUCGCUCAGAUCGUCAGAGGAGGGGCUGAGCUCCCAGGGUCAGGAGAUGGAGGAGACAGUAACCAGAUUGAAGAAAGAACUGUCCCACAGCCAGGCAGAGUACAGUCUGCUCAGACAGUCUGCUUGGAUUGACCCCAUCACUCACGACCAGGUCAAGAAGGAGCUGCUACGAAUGACAAAGGCUAUGGAGACAAAGUUUUCUGAGGUUCACACGCCCCAAGCCAAAAAGCCCAGGGAAGAACAGGACGCCCUGACAUCGCUCAGAUCGUCAGAGGAGGGGCUGAGCUCCCAGGGUCAGGAGAUGGAGGAGACAGUAACCAGAUUGAAGAAAGAACUGUCCCACAGCCAGGCAGAGUACAGUCUGCUCAGACAGUCUGCUUGGAUUGACCCCAUCACUCACGACCAGGUCAAGAAGGAGCUGCUACGAAUGACAAAGGCUAUGGAGACAAAGUUUUCUGAGGUUCACACGCCCCAAGCCAAAAAGCCCAGGGAAGAACAGGACGCCCUGACAUCGCUCAGAUCGUCAGAGGAGGGGCUGAGCUCCCAGGGUCAGGAGAUGGAGGAGACAGUAACCAGAUUGAAGAAAGAACUGUCCCACAGCCAGGCAGAGUACAGUCUGCUCAGACAGUCUGCUUGGAUUGACCCCAUCACUCACGACCAGGUCAAGAAGGAGCUGCUACGAAUGACAAAGGCUAUGGAGACAAAGUUUUCUGAGGUUCACACGCCCCAAGCCAAAAAGCCCAGGGAAGAACAGGACGCCCUGACAUCGCUCAGAUCGUCAGAGGAGGGGCUGAGCUCCCAGGGUCAGGAGAUGGAGGAGACAGUAACCAGAUUGAAGAAAGAACUGUCCCACAGCCAGGCAGAGUACAGUCUGCUCAGACAGUCUGCUUGGAUUGACCCCAUCACUCACGACCAGGUCAAGAAGGAGCUGCUACGAAUGACAAAGGCUAUGGAGACAAAGUUUUCUGAGGUUCACACGCCCCAAGCCAAAAAGCCCAGGGAAGAACAGGACGCCCUGACAUCGCUCAGAUCGUCAGAGGAGGGGCUGAGCUCCCAGGGUCAGGAGAUGGAGGAGACAGUAACCAGAUUGAAGAAAGAACUGUCCCACAGCCAGGCAGAGUACAGUCUGCUCAGACAGCAUCUGAAGUCUGCUUGGAUUGACCCCAUCACUCACGACCAGGUCAAGAAGGAGCUGCUACGAAUGACAAAGGCUAUGGAGGUUUGUCAAACAAAGUUUUCUGAGGUUCACACGCCCCAAGCCAAAAAGCCCAGGGAAGAACAGGACGCCCUGACAUCGCUCAGAUCGUCAGAGGAGGGGCUGAGCUCCCAGGGUCAGGAGAUGGAGGAGACAGUAACCAGAUUGAAGAAAGAACUGUCCCACAGCCAGGCAGAGUACAGUCUGCUCAGACAGGAGUUUGAUCGUGAGAAGCAAAUUUAUGAGAACAGAAGACGGACAAUGACUGCCUCCUAUGACACGGUCCUCUCGGAAAGAACAGCUCUUGAACAGACUUUAAGUAAAGAAAAGGCUUCACUGAUGAAUCAGAUAGAGGAUCUACAAUCUCGGCUCAGUGUCGAAACCGAACAGACUAACAACAUUGAAGAGAGUCUGAAAAUAAAGCUUGUAGCCUCUGAAAACUCCUUACAGCAGUCCGAAACAGUGUUAAAUAAUGAGACAAAGGACAAUGUUAUCAAAGCUUUGAAAGAAGAGAUGAUGCAACUGAAAGAGGAAAUUGCACAGACUGAGGAAAAGCUGAAUGCUCAGAUUAUGACAGUUUCCACUGAGGCUAAACAACAGGAGGAAUCUGCACAGAAAGAACUCGCUCAGAGAGAUCAAAACAUUGAAGAACUGAAGCAGCAGUUACAAUCCAUCAAAGCAGAGAGUAAAAUGCAAGUUGACCAACAAACAGAGGAAAAAAACAACCUUGUGCAUGAAGUGGAUCAGCUCAAGAGUGAAAAUGAGAGAUUGAAGACAAACUGUGAAGAAAUGAAGAGUCAGUAUCAGAUGAGUGCUCACGAUAACCAGAUGUCGGCUGAGCAGAUGAGUGAGCUCAAGAAGAAGCUAGAAGAACAGGGUCAGGAACUGGAGACCAUUAACACAGAAUUACUGAAGGAAAAGGAGAAAAAUUUGCAACUAAGAAACAAAGACAUGGGUGGUAGUGUAGGAGAAAGCAAGGGAGUGGUGACAGACAUCAGGAUCCGAGACCUAGAGGCCGAAUUGACUCAUCUGAAGUCUGCUUGGAUUGACCCCAUCACUCACGACCAGGUCAAGAAAGAGCUGCUACGAAUGACAAAGGCUAUGGAGGCUUGUCAAACAAAGUUUUCUGAGGUUCACACGCCCCAAGCCAAAAAGCCCAGGGAAGAACAGGACGCCCUGACAUCGCUCAGAUUGUCAGAGGAGGGGCUGAGCUCCCAGGGUCAGGAGAUGGAGGAGACAGUAACCAGAUUGAAGAAAGAACUGUCCCACAGCCAGGCAGAGUACAGUCUGCUCAGACAGGAGUUUGAUCGUGAGAAGCAAAUUUAUGAGAACAGAAGACGGACAAUGACUGCCUCCUAUGACACGGUCCUCUCGGAAAGAACAGCUCUUGAACAGACUUUAAGUAAAGAAAAGGCUUCACUGAUGAAUCAGAUAGAGGAUCUACAAUCUCAACAGGAGGAAUCUGCACAGAAAGAACUCGCUCAGAAAGAUCAAAACAUUGAGGAACUGAAGCAGCAGUUCCAAUCUAUCAGACCUGAGAGUGAAAUGGAAGUAGACAAACAAACAGAGGAAAUAAACAACCUUGUGCAUGAAGUGGAUCAGCUCAAGAGUGAAAAUGAGAGGUUGAAGACAAACUGUGUAAACGAAGUGUUAAGGCUACAUCAGCAGUUGCAGCAUAGAGAAGCGGAGCUUUUAGUAGCUCGGGAGGAAGUAAAAAGCAAGCAAGAUUUACUGAAGGAAAAAAACAGUAAAAAGAAUACCGCUAAGAAGAAGAUAAUAGAGUUCAAACAAGCAGACAAUAAACAACUCAAACAUCUCCAGGCAAAUUCCUUAACAAGCAAGGUUCUGAGUGGAAUGUUCCACUGUGAGGAUGAACCUGAGGAGUUUGAGUGGAACCGACUGACAGAACUUCAGAGGAGGAAUACCCUGUGUCUGCCCCAUCUAAAGACCUCCUACCCUGUGGAGACGCAGCAAGUGAAACUCAAGAAGAUCAACCACGACGCUCUCAGACAGAGCAUCAUGCCCAGUGGGAGUGGCAAAAAGCGAAAGCUGCUCCAGCUCAGUGACAAUGAUGAUCAAAAAGCUUCGAUGAACCCGAGAAGCAGGCAACAGAUGAACAGAUUAACAACACCUGUCAUCAAACUCAGUUCAGUAGAUAUAUUGGAACAUCAAUUCUAGUGUGUAACCAAACUUUUAAACAUAAUUUGACUUAACAAUAUACCAUGUGAUAUAUACGGAGGAUGGCCUAACAGGGAAAUAUUUGUACAGAAGGAGAGAAAGAGACAGAAGGGAGGAAAAUGGAGGAAGACCAAGCAUAAUUCACAAACUGUUGUAUAUGAAGCAUGUGUUUCGUGUCUGGUAAUCAUGUCAAAUGUGUUAGAUUUAGAGGAGAUUAGAAUACAAAAUAAGUGGGUCUUCAUUGCUAUGAUUUGUCACUGUUUGUAUAUAUCAGUUGUGUAGAGCCUAGCAGAAAUGACUUGUAGGGAGAACAAUUGGUUGUGUGUUUAAACUUUUAAACCUCAGUUUAUGUUGCAGAACUGUUCAAAUCAAUACUUUCUAUUGCUUAUUUUUCAUAAGAGAAUUUUUAUUUUAUAUGCAUAAAUAUAAACUAAAUGAGCGAGCUUUUCCCCCCUUUCAGUUGUAGCUUGAAACAUUUUUAUGGGCAUUGGACUCCAUAAAAUGUAAUAACAUUUGUUCUGCAGAUUUGACUAUCACCAUGCAUUAGAACCAUGUCUGCAGAACUUGUAUCUAUACAUUCCAGUAUUCUGUUUUCAAAUCUCAAUGGAAAAAUAAAAGUUUUCUAUUUUUGUCUAUGUAUGAAUAAAAUUUGUUCAUGUAUUUGUUUUGUGAACAGCAUUUGUAUGAUGCAUGUAUGUUUUUGUAGAUGUAAAGAUUUCAUCCAACAUCCAGAAGUGCUAAAAAUGUAAACUAACAGCAAACCUCAUACAAGACUCUAUAAGUCUAUAUUGUACACAUGUCCAUUGUCAGAAGCUGAUACAGAUGUUCAUGUAUCUGAUUUUUAGCGUGAUUUUCAGAUUUGUUCCCAGUUUUGACAGGAGGUUGAUACAUUUGUAAAAUGAAAUGGAAUACUCAAUGGAUGCAUGGAGAACAGACUAUGUUUUUUUUCUGAAUCUGUCAAAAACAAUUAGUUAUAAGAGUAUCAUCAGUGCACUGUCACUAUCAGUUUCAUGGAGGACUUUGUUUCCCAUGUGGAUAUACCUACUACAAGAUUAUUACUGAUUGAUUAACAUUUUCUGUACAUUUUGCAACCACCAGAGUUUGGAUUAACUAUAUUUUUGCCAAAUACAACAUUAUUACAUUAUAUGAGGGAUUUCCCAUUUUUUUAUCAGAACAGUAACUGAUUGAAAUGAAUCUAAAGCUUGCUGAUGGUGCAUUGAUUGUAUUUGUCUAGCGUACUGAUAUAUCUUUAUUAUUGAAUUGUGAUGAUAUAGAAUCAGAAAACCUCACAUUAUAUUUUGAUGCAUUUUGCCCACUGUUUUCAACCAAGAUUUGCAUAAAACAGUGGUAUAUCAAGAGAUUUAUUUGCCUUACAAAUAUGUUCUUGACUGUCAACUUUAGGCUGGAUGCUGUUUUUGGGUAACGUGCGGUAAAUAAAACCUCUGAAUAUGAUGUUUGAAGCAACAUAGGAGUUGUGUGUACAGAGUGAACAUAUGCAAUGUGCAAUAAACAGCUAUAUAAGUGGCCUUGAAGAUUGUUGAACUUUGUCACAUGAUCUGUAUAUAUAUCACAUGCCUGUCAUGUGAUGUAUGUUUAUUCAAAGGCUAAUAUGAUUUCAGCUUUUUAAGUUUUUGAUUUGUUGAUGUUGAAUAUGGGGAUUUAUUUAUAAAAUAGAGCAUUUUCUCCCUGUGUAUAAUUGAAUAUUUUUAUAAUAUCAUUAUAUUAGCAACAUCACUAUUAAACAACUCAUUACAGUUGUAUAAAGUGUUCUUCGAUUUUUUUUGUUACACAGUACACAACACUUAGAAAU